CUGAGCCCGGUCCGACCAGAGCAUGGUGCGACUUGUGACUUUCUGCCUUCCUUGCACCAGUCCCUUUUUAACUAGUAUCUCCAUUACAGGGCAGAAAGACAUUCCACGAUGGCACACCUGGAAUCUCGAAAGCAUAUUUCCCCGGACUCAGGCUUCCCAAUUACCAUCCACCCAGCGUUUAAUCCCAAGAUCACCAGUUAUGUGACUCCUGAUGCUCCAAGAGAACAGAUCCACCCAGAGAAAGAUCGUGCAUCGUUCGCAGACCCGGAGAAAAAGGCUCUAUUCUCGGUGACCGACAUAAAGCGCGUCAAUCUGACUGAGUCGAUCGGGACACUCUUGGAGAAUGUACAAUUGUCCCAACUGAAUGAGAAGCAACUUGAUGAACUAGCCCUACUCGUCACCGAGAGGGGUGUGGUCUUCUUUCGCGAUCAGGACCUCGAUACUCAAGGUCAAGUGAAGCUGUUCGAACACUAUGGUGUACUGGACAAGCAUCCUGCUCAAAAGCAUGUUGUUAUCAGAGGGAGCACCGAGGACCACCGAGAAAUAUUGAACUACACACCCUGGCCUUCUGGUGAAUUCCACGCGGACACCUCGUUCGAGAUCAACCCUCCGUCAUAUUCGCUACUCCGCAUGGAGGAGCAUCCUGAAGUUGGAGGAGACACGGCUUGGGUAUCUCAAUAUGGUAUUUACGAUGCCUUGAGUAAAGCGAUGAGAAACUUCCUGGAAGGUCUGCAUGCGGUGCACACUUCGAGAUACCAAUACGAAACUAUUCUCGACCUCUGGGGAGUCGGACCUAAUCGACCGCCGAUCGAUACGCAUCAUCCUGCUGUCCGAACGCAUCCAGUUACCGGACUGAAGGCCUUGAACGUCAACCAAGGCUUUGUCACAGGCUUCGCCGAACUCAAGAAGAAGGAAUCGGACAAACUCCUCGAAUUCAUCGACUUGCACAUCCACUCCGCCGAUGACCACUAUGUCCGGUGGAAGUGGGCAGUGGGAAGUGUCGCCAUGUGGGACAACAGAUGUACUUUGCAUCGUGUGAUCCCCGGAAACUAUGACGCACCGCGCAGGGGUAUUCGAACAACAGUUUUUGGCGAAAAGCCAUACUUCGACCCCGCAAGCGAAAGCCGGGCAGAGCGUGAGGAACGACUGAAGCGAGAAACUGCAGAAAAGCCCCUGCCAAACGGAAACGUGAAGGAAGAUUCAGUAGUUAACACCCCCGCGUAAUAGCAUCACUAGGGUGAACUUGUUGUGAGAGUCAGUAGCGG